AUGGCGAUGUCAGCCGACAAGGAAGACAAAGUUGAUCAAGUUGGCCAAACUUGUUUGUCACUUUUCACUUCAAAUCAUGGUAGCCAUGACUCUAUUUGGAUUACCAGAGGAUCAGCGUUUAAGAUUUUAUGCAUUGCUUGUCUGAUAGAAGCAUUAGAAGACAAAGAAGUAUUAGUAAUACGAAAGAAAAAAAUCCUUAGCGAAAUUCUUGUGCUGGUGUCCAGAGAUGACAAGAUGGCUGCCGUCCUGUCGACAAACUUUAGAGUUUGUUCUCAUUUGUGUGGAAUCCUUGUAAAUCUUCUUGAGAUGGACAAUGACACAGUUUGUGAAAUGGCUAUUGAAGGACUUGUACAGCUGACUUGCAAGCUCCGAAAUGAAGUAAUAGUAAGAGAAAUAGUUGAUAAUGCCGAGAAAAAAAUAUCUGGGAUAAACAAUAUACGAAAGUCGUGUGCUUACAUUACGUUGCUUGGAAAGCUAGUGAGYACGAUUGCCCCACUUGGCGAGGAGAUACUUAUUCGAAAAUCUAAAUUACUGCAAUACUGUAUUUCUAACUUGUUAUUCCCUGAUGAAACACCGAGGAUUUCUCUGAUGUACCUGGUGCUUGGGAUCUGUCAAAACGACACUACAAAAUCCAAGCUCUCGCCUGAGAACAGAAAUACCAUUUUCAAAAGUGUUUGCGAGAGCUUAGCCGAUAUAAAACAGAAAGCUGUCAUUGUGAAUUCUCUGGCACUACUUCAAAGUUUUACGAAUCCCGAAGACGUUGAAGCGCUUGGACUUUUAGACGGAAAUAAGGAUGGACAAGACAGGAGAGGUUUACUUGGCAAGGCUUUGAAGAAAGUCAUCUUAGAUACAGACGAAAACAUCCAAAUUGGAGGAAUACAGUGUACGACGAGGUUUCUCAGGUUUGAUUCAAAGGAAUGCCUUCUUUCACGAGGAUUACUUCAAUGUGGUCUGGGCGAGUUUUUAUUCGAGGGUUUAGGGACCAAUAAUGAUGUAGUCUUAGCAUCAUUGUUCUGCUGUCUAUCUGGAUUUUGCAAUUUUACUGAAUUCUUCAAAGGUAGUUAUUCUGUGUAUGGUACUGAGUCUCUUGUCUCUGGAAUGUACAAGGCGUUGAAACUGCAGAAYCCAGAGACGAUCCACCAAGGUCUACAUGUGCUUUCUACAAUUAUCACAAAACAGCCAAGGGGCGUGCCUCUUUUCAGCAAUGGGGCCAUAUUUGAGAGAUGCUUGAACGCAAUCCAAGAAUGUUUCAACUCAAUGGAAUACAAAGUUCUACAAGAAGCCAUAAACGUCGUUGGGAGUCUUCUGAGGUUAGAUCAAAUUCCAUCUGGAUUUGAUAUAAGAGGAAUGUUGCCUUCUCUUUCAGCUGUCAUCUCCUUGAUUAAGACGUUUACUACUAAGAAUGUUGAUUCAUUUAGUGGCAUGAAAGCAGACACAGCUCAAGAACUUCUUUGCUCUUCACUCGCUGUCAUCCAUAAAGCCAUCACUUUUGUCAGCAAAUAUCGAGAAAAAUCUCCCUCACUUGAAGAAGCAUUGCUAGCAGAUGACUCGACUUAUUCUAAUCAAAGCAACAGGGAGAGAUCUACAAUGGAAGUGAACGAGUUUCUCAUGAGAGCCAUCGACGAGAUCUGCAUUGUGGCUGUAAUGAUGAACUUUGAAGCAAUUACCAAUCCUAUGGUGUUUGAGGUCUUCUUUUCGCUCAUAAAUUCGCAGUUGUCGUCACCACAUGAUCCCCAUGCUCGUUUAUUCGCAAAGAAACUAUCAACAGCUUCAUUUAUAAGAGUUUCRAUUGAAAUUAAUGGGAAAUUCUGCAAAGGAGGUUCUCAGAGACCACUCUUGGAAUCAAUACAUCAGUUCCAAAGAAAACUGAUGUUGUCCCUUACUGAUGCCACYGAAAAAGAGCAAAUGGCCGAUAUUCUAGAGUCAGCGUUCAUUCCAGCUUCUCCAGACGAAUGCCUCACACUUUUGUCACAAUCCUCAAUCGAYCCAAUCUCGAAGAGCAUGUCUGACAAAAUGCUUUUCAAGAUCCAGUGUUUCUGUAUUGAGUUGCUAUACUUUGCCUACAUUCACAAGGAUUCCAUUCUACCCGAGCAACUCUUACUAAGAGGUCUUCAUAAAUACAUCUGCGUGCACAGACACCUUGGUCUCCUUCCUAUGAUAACGCUUAGACAUUUAGUAUUCUUGUAUGCAAGCAUUACAGUCAAACUAAAGGCUGUAYUAUCACCAAGAGAAUUCAACUAUCUUACAGAGUCAGAAAAUGUYUUAGAAGGAACGCUUCUUAAGCUCCAAGUAGACGAAUACCUCAAACUUUCGAGUCGGGAUCCUGGUUUUAUUCUUUGGGUUUUUAGCCGUGAAGCGCUUGGUAAGGCCUUUGGAAGCUUGACGCUUGAGAAGUUAUUAUCUUGCGAAAAUGAUGAAGAUGGGCAGGAACAGCACCAGGCCAUGUUGUGGGAUGCUCUAAAGGAUGACGAAACUGCUCUCAGAUGYUUGCUAAGUCUUGCAUUUURUGAGAAUACGCACGUUGUUAAGAAAGCUCUGGAUAUUAUCGAGAAGGUUUUGCAGCAAGCCAGCCGGCAGGAGAAACCAAGUUUUAUAACUCAAGUCACAACUGAAGAGCUCCAGAAGCUGUUCCUCAGGAAUCAAGCGUCCCCUCUCCCAGACCAAAUCCUGCUUUCCAUGUUGAAAAUUCUCUUGCCAUUGCAAGCUGCAACAGGUUCACAGGUCGAGAUAAAGCUCCUCUGCUUUGUCAUAGACAUCCUAACAAAACCAACCAAUAAAGUUCCUUCUAUCACGGUAGCGGCAAUCAAUUACCUCAACGUGGCGCUCAGCGUAAACAUGGACUCCCAGCAUCCUCGAGUUGCUUCUGUGCUGUUCUCGAAUAGGGAUUUUAUUUCCUGGCUCCAGAAAGCAAUGACAUCAAUAAGUUCUCAAACUCCAAGAAAUUCUAACGCUGAUUUUGUAAACGUUUUUGCUGCUUGUUUGUUGCUGGUGUCCAAUCUAGUCCUCUCUCAAAGCAAGCUUAGGAUUGCUCACAGUGUCCAGCUAACUAUUGAAAAAGAUGCUCYGAUUGAACUCCUGAACGACACUCAAAGCUCACUCCUUCGAUUGGUGAGCCUUGUGUUUUGGAAAGCAUAUUUCAAUGCAGGAGGAAAAACUUGUAUUCUUUUUGAAGAAAAAAUUCUGGGAGAGGAAUCGAGGAGUGCCAACAAUAACUUAACAGAAUUAGAUUUGAAAGUCAUAUUUGUGUAUUUACAAAAUUCCCUGAUGCACGAAAGUGAGGCUGUUAAGGGCUGUACUAUGGAAUGCAUGAAGGCUUUUCUAUUCUACGAAGGYUGCAAAGACAUUUGCAAAGCGAACAGGUGGAACACGGUGAUACUUGAAUUCAUGCUAUUUUCCACAGAGAAUGGGAAACUAAACUCCCUAUUGAUCCAGCUGUGUACAAUGAUGCUGAAGCUAAAUGACCUUGACCAUGAAAAGGGAAGUGUUCUCUCAAAGGCUGUCCAAACUAUACAACAUCAGAUUCCCAAGACGCAACUUGACUUCAAUGAUAAAGAGUUAUCAAGGGUUGCCUUCAGUUGCAUUGAAUUCCUAAACGAAGUUCAAGUCAUAAACUCACAAGAAUUCUCAUUCUCUGAUGAAUUGCUAUCAUGGUGUAGGAAUGUGCAAGACUUGUCCAGGAAGAUAAGGAAGAGAAAUAUUGUUGAGUUCAUCAAUGUUGACCAGAUUGUUUUCACAAAAGCCCACGUCAUGGAGCACGUGGCCAAGGAUGCACUAGCAAAGCUUAUUGAUAAAGUUGUUCGAAGACUGGAGAAUGAGCCCCAAAACCACUAAUUUGACAUGAAACGAAGACUUCCAA